CAAACACGAGGGUCAAUAUUUUUGAUGAUAUUUUUUUUUUGCUGAAAAAUGUUUCUGAUCCGAAUGUUUUGCCGAAACGUACGACUAGAUCAAGUAAUUAGAAGAACUUUAAGCAACAACAAAAACAUAUGUGAAUCGAUCAAUCUUGAAGAUCCAAUCAUACAACCGAUUCGAACGGAAUUGGUGACAAAAUUGAAAAUCACCGAUGAAAAAGCCAAUCUAAUCCUAUUGAAAUGGAUGAAUGAUUCAAGUAUUGAUCGUAAUCAACGUACAGUGAGUGACAAAAUCGAUUUAUUACAAUCAAAUUUCCAAAUCGACGAUAUCAAUCAUAAUAUACAGGUAUUGAAUAUGUCAUUGGAAAAAGUUGAAAGCAAAAUCAACAUUUUGAAGGAAUUGGCAUUUGAACGUCUGGAAAUGGCAAUGCUUUAUGCAUUACCAAAUCUAAUGAACAAAAAUGUUGGCCAAUUAAAAUCGAAUGGUUAUUAUGAUGAACAUCUAAAUCUACUUGAAUACAUUGUCAAUCAUCUUCGACCGUCAAAUAGUGACGAAUUUUGUUUCGAUCAAUUUGAACAACAUCUACGUGAAGAAUGUAAACAUUUCACAGAUGAUUCCAUUGUCAUUAAAGAUGUACGUCGAACAUUGAUUACGCUGAUUUUGAGGCUAAUGUUGGAUUGUUCCAACCAAGUUGCUCAACAUAUUAUUGAUGCUACAGAUUCGGAUAACCAUUUAUCGGAGACAAGUCUACGAAAAUUGUUGAUGAAUCUAAAUAUUCUGAAAAAUCAAUUGAAUUUACCCGUAAAUUUUAUGGUGAAACAUUUUCAUACAUUGAACAAUUGUGAUACGGACAAUCUUGUUGGACUGGCCUCGAUCAAUCAUUUUCGUGAUAAUGCAGACUUACGUUCCACAUUUUUCUCUCGUAAGCGAUUAUUGAAUAUUGAUGCCAGCUUAAUCAGCGAAAGAAUGGAUGUGAUCCUGACAAAAUAUGGCUGUACAAUUCAACAAUUAUCAGCGAAUAUUUUCAUGUUGGAAUUAUCCUCUGCAAAUAUAUGCGAAAAUUUUGAAAAAUUUCAAAAACAACAUGAAUUACGAUCGUAUGCUGAUGGCCGAGAAUUUCUACGUCUCAUCAUGAAUAUUGAUGUUGCCAUUAAAAACAUGCGAUUGUUGAAGGAGAAAGGAAUGAGAUCGAAAUACAUUUCCAUCCACAAUAUAUUGAAACCGAGUAGUCGUUUUUCAACAAUGGUCGAGAAUAAUAAUUUCAAAUUAACGCUCAAUACGUUUAUUCAGAUGCAGUUCGCCAUUUCGCUGAAAGAAGUGAAACAUAAAAUUGGAAAAUUCAAAUCAACAAAUCGUUCAUUCAAUUCAGUGAAUGCCGAGAAUAUUGUCAAUUUUUUUCGCGAACAAGGCCUGAAUGAUGAGCAAAUAUUGAAUGGAAUUUAUUUGAUAUUUUAUGAUUUCCAAAUAAUUCAAUCGGUUUGGCCAAAAAUUUUUAAACAUCCGAAUGUUCUAAAAUCCAAUGUUGUUGUCGAUGAUUGGAAAAAUCAUCCAAAUGUUUUGCAAUUAUUGUUUCAUUUGAUUGAGACAUCGUCAACAACAACAACAACAACAACGUCAAUUAAUCAUUGAAUUUGUUGAUCGAUAUGAGCCAAUUGAUUUGUUUUCAAUCGUUGUAGAAAACUAAAUUGCAUAGUGAACAAUGUGAAACGUAAUAAUU